AUGAGCUGCGUGGCCAGCUGCCCGAUCGGCUACACCCGGUCCAGCACCGAGUGCGUCAAGUGCGCGGCCCGUUGCGCCAGCUGCCCGGGCCCCGCCAAUGCAUGUGCCCAGUGCGAGCGCGGCUGGCUCAUGAGCAGCACCCACGCCGACGCCGCCCUGUGCCAGCCGUGCGCCCCCGAGUGCGCCACCUGCCACGAGCACGCCUCCCGGUGCACGUCCUGCGCCGAUGGGGCUCACUGGCUGCUGCCCGACACUGGUGAGUGCGCGUCCGGCUGCCCCUCGCUGCGCCAGGCCCCCUCGCCGAGGGAGCAGGUCUGCCUGGCCUGCUCGAGGCACUGCGAGGCCUGCGCCCCCGGUGGCGGCAUGCCGGCAUGCACCAUCCUCCCGGGCGGGGCGCUCAGCUGCCCGACGGUGCCCUCCUGCCUCCGGUGCGAGGCGCCCUACCUGCUGCUGGAGGACGGCACCUCGUGCGUGUCGGCCUGCCCGGCCGGCUUCUUCGACGACCAUGAGGCCGCGGUCCCCGUCUGCGGGCCCUGCCACUCCAGCUGCGCCACGUGCAUGGGCCCCGGCAAGACCGACUGCCUCACCAACAGCCCGGAGGCCUCGCGCCGGAUGCAUCUCGCCGUCGGCCUGGGCGUCGGCCUCAGCCUGCUGCUUCUGCUGGUGCUCUUGCUGCUGGCGCUCUGCCUGCUACGGCGCUUCCGGCAGGGAGCGCCAAAGGACUCCGACGUCCCCGAUGAGAAUGCCACGGUCCUCAACACGAUUGUCGAGCUCUCGCUCCCCGGCGCCGCCCUGGUGACCCUGGCCACCGAGUUCCUGGCCCUCGGCGAGGGCGAGCUCGGGUCCGGGACCCAGGCCAGCGUCUUCGCCGCGCGCGCCAUCGGCACCGGCGCCAGCGUCUUCGCCGCGCGCGCCAUCGGCACCGGCGUCAUGACGCGCCUGGGCUGCCCGGAGACCGUGGCCAUCAAGCAGCUACAAGCCAGCUCGGCGACUCCCCUCCAUGUGUCCCUCCUCCAGAAUGAGAUCGCCCUCAUGCUCCUGCGCGACCAGGCGAACAUCGUGCGCAUCUACGGCUACAGCGACCAGCCGCCGGCCAUCGUCAUGGAGCGCUUCGACACCGACCUGGCCGGGCUCCUGCACUCGGAGGUGGAGCUGUCGCUGCGUGUGCGCCUGGACCUGGCCACCCAGUGGGCCGCCGGGCUGGAGGCCAUGCACGCCAGCGGCAUCGUCCACUGCGACCUGAAGUCGGUCAAUGUCCUCGUGGCCCUGAAGCCGGAUGGCGCCUGGCACGCGGCCCUCGGCGAUCUGGGCGUCAGUCGCAACCUUCACACCGACCGGGCCUCGGCACUUGUGUCCGCCGGGCCCGAGCUCAAUGCCCUGACGGUUCUCUACGCCGCGCCCGAGCUCAUGGAGGCCUUCCGGGCGCGGCGCUCUCUCGACGCGGCCCUCUACUUCCCGGCGGACAUCUACGCCGCGGCCAUCCUCCUUUGGGAGUGUGUGGCCCGCGCCAAGCCCUGGCCGGGCGCGCCCGUCGACCGUGUGAUCGCGUGUGUCCUGCACGGCGACCGGCCCGAUCUGGAGCUCGCCACCGGGCCAGUUGCCCAGGCCAGCCCGGCUCUGGCGCAGAACCUGGCCGACGCCCUGCCGCUCCUGUGGGCGGCCGAGCCCGCCCCCGAGCCGGAUGACAUGGUCUUCCGGCUGCUCCACCUUGGAGUCCCUGACCGAGGCCCAAGCACGCCAGAUGGCCACACCCGUGCCGGCUGCGCCGACCAGCCUGCCAAUCAGGCCGCCUCCUCCGUCAGUGAGACCUCCCCUGUCCUGGUGGACUGCUCGCCCGCUCGGCCGCCCGCCCAGGCCAGCCGGUCGCCCUCCUCAUCGCCCAGCCUGGAAAGUGCUUUCACGGGCCCCACCCGGGGACGGUCACCAUCGGCGUUCCCCUUCGACGGGACGUCAUCGCCGAGGGGCCGGAACUGGAGGGUGCACCUCGUGUCCCAUCUCGGGGCUGCCACCAUCCGCGUGCUUUUCUCUCGUAUCAGCAGCCGCGGUGGUGGCUCUGCCCUUCGGCAGACCGUCAUCUUGGGCUUUCUCUUGGACUGUUUCCUCUCUUCGGCCCUGCCGCCCCCCAUCUCGAACCUCGCGGGCCUGGCAAUCCAUGCCCUCUUCAUGCUCUUCCGGCGGUUCUCCCGCUAG